UUCCCUCUGCUGCUUCUUUCCCUCCGCCUCCUUACACGGUUUUCCCCUCCCCCCAGCCCCCCCAUCUCCUCCUCCCCCUCCUCCUCCAUCGUCUCGGAGAGCUCCGGGAGCUGCCGCCACGGUCAGUGGCGUAGCCGGACUCUGUGUCUGAGGUAGAUCUCGAGGAGCGGGCGGGCCUGGAUCACGGUCACGUCCCGGGUGGGGGCCAUGGGGGAAGCGGCCCUGGUCGUUCUCGACGCUGACUGAGAGCGGCUCCCGCUCCCGUAGGAGGCGCCAUGGACCGAGCCGCCGCCGCCGCCGCCGCUGCCGCCGCCGCCGCCGGGGACCAGAAUGUCAAGCUGUCUGCCGAAGUAGAGCCAUUUGUUCCUCAGAAAAAGACUCCUGACACACUUAUGAUCCCAAUGGCACUUCCAGCUGAUAGUGGAAGUGUGAGUGGAGUGGAACCAACUCCAAUUCCCAGCUACCUGAUAACUUGUUAUCCCUUUGUGCAGGAAAACCAGUCUAAUAGGCAGUUUCCGUUAUAUAACAGUGACUUACGAUGGCAGCAACCAAAUCCAAAUCCUCCAGGGCCAUACCUUGCUUAUCCCAUUAUAUCUGCUCAGCCACCUGUUUCUACUGAAUAUACAUAUUACCAGUUGAUGCCAGCUCCAUGUGCCCAAGUUAUGGGAUUUUAUCAUCCUUUUCCUACACCUUACUCCAGCACCUUUCCAACAGCAAAUACUUUAAAUACUAUUCCUACAGAAUGCACUGACCGUCCAAAUCAGCUUGGACAAGUCUUUCCACUGUCCAGCCACAGAAGUAGAAGUAGUAACAGAGGUCCCAUUGUGCAGAAACAGCAGCAGCUUUUACAGCAACAUGUAAAAAGUAAAAGGCCACCAGUAAAAAACGUAGCUACUCAAAAAGAAACCAGUGCUGCAGGACCUGAUAAUCGGUCAAAAAUUGUGCUUCUAGUGGAUGCUUCCCAGCAAACAGAUUUUCCAUCAGAUAUUGCUAAUAAGUCUCUUUCAGAGAGUACUUCUACAAUGCUUUGGAAAUCAAAAGGAAGAAGGAGGAGAUCAUCCCAUCCUACAGCAGAAUCUUCUAGUGAGCAAGGGGCUAGUGAAGCUGACAUUGAUAGUGAUAGUGGUUACUGUAGUCCCAAACACAGCAACAAUCAAGCUACAAUGAUGACUUCCAGAAACACUGAUUGUGGUACAAUUAAUCUUGUGGAACCAUCAAUAUGUUCAGGUGGGACAAGUUGGUCCAAUGUGACUUCUCAGGCAACUCAGAAAAAACCUUGGAUGGAAAAAAGUCAGCCGUUUUCUAGAGGUGGAAGGCAAACUGAGCAAAGGAAUAAUUCACAGGUUGGGUUCAGAUGUCGUGGACAUAGCACAUCCUCAGAAAGAAGACAAAGUUUGCAAAAGAGACAAGACAAUAAACCAUUAAGCAGUCAAUCUCACAGAGUAGAACCAAGUCCCGACCCAUUAUACUUUGAGGAUGAAGAUGAAUUUACAGAACUGAAUGAUACUGGAAGUGCUAAAGAUGAAAACAUUCAACAAAAAAUUUCUGCAAAAGUGUUGGAUGACUUACCUGAAAAUUCACCAAUUAACAUAGUUCAGACUCCAAUUCCAAUUACAACUUCGGUACCUAAACGUGCAAAAAGUCAAAAGAAAAAGGCUUUAGCAGCAGCACUUGCCACAGCUCAGGAGUAUUCAGAAAUCAGUAUGGAACAAAAAAAAAUACAGGAAGCUUUAUCAAAAGCAGCUGGCAAAAAGAGUAAGACUCCUGUACAGCUUGAUUUAGGGGAUAUGUUAGCUGCUCUGGAAAAGCAACAGCAAGCAAUGAAAGCUCGGCAAAUCACUAAUACCAGACCAUUAUCAUACACAGUAGUCAGUGCUGUUCCUUUACAGUCUAAAGAUUCUGCCAACAGAAAGUCUUUAACCAAAAGUCAACCCUGUUUGGCCCCUCUUAACCCUUUGGACUCUACUUCUCCCAAAAUAAAGAGAGGAAAAGAGAAAGAAAUUGCAAAGCUUAAACGACCCACAGCACUUAAAAAGGUUAUUCUCAAAGAGAGAGAGGAAAAGAAAGGGCGUUUUACUGUAGACCAUAGUCUUCCGGGAUCUGAGGAGCCAAUAGAGAUGCCCUUAGAUUUUAUUGAGGAUUUACCACAGGAAACUGCCUCCCAGGAAGAAACCGGACUAAGUAUGCCUAGUGAUACUUCACUCUCUCCAGCAAGUCAGAAUUCUCCAUAUUGCAUGACACCUGUAUCACAGGGCUCUCCUGCCAGCUCAGGGAUAGGCAGUCCAAUGGCGUCUUCAGCAAUUACCAAAAUCCACAGCAAAAGAUUUAGAGAGUACUGUAAUCAGGUUCUCUGUAAAGAAAUUGAUGAAUGUGUGACUCUGCUUCUUCAAGAGCUCGUUAGUUUUCAAGAGCGUAUUUACCAAAAAGAUCCUGUAAGAGCAAAAGCAAGGAGACGUCUAGUUAUGGGCCUUCGAGAGGUUACCAAGCAUAUGAAAUUAAACAAGAUCAAGUGUGUUAUUAUUUCUCCCAAUUGUGAAAAAAUACAGUCAAAAGGUGGCUUAGAUGAGGCACUUUAUAAUGUUAUAGCUAUGGCACGGGAACAAGAAAUCCCUUUCGUCUUUGCACUUGGACGGAAAGCUCUGGGCCGCUGUGUAAACAAACUGGUGCCUGUCAGUGUUGUUGGAAUAUUCAACUACUGUGGUGCUGAGAGCCUAUUUAAUAAGUUGGUAGAACUGACUGAGGAAGCCAGGAAAGCUUAUAAGGACAUGGUGGCAGCAAUGGAACAAGAACAGGCUGAGGAAGCCUUGAAGAAUGUUAAGAAGGUACCCCAUCACAUGGGCCAUUCCCGGAAUCCUUCUGCAGCAAGUGCAAUUUCUUUUUGCAGUGUUAUUUCUGAACCCAUCUCCGAAGUAAAUGAAAAGGAAUAUGAAACAAAUUGGAGAAACAUGGUAGAAACCUCAGAUGGACUAGAAACAUCCGAAAAUGAGAGAGAUGCUUCAUAUAAUAAGACCAUUGCACCUGAAACAUCCAAUAAAAUCCCAAACGACAAGGUUCUUGUUAAUAAACAACUACCCUCAGUGACUACUGGUGCCACUGCCUCAACUACAAACCCUGGGAAAUGUGCAGUGAGUGACAAAGAGGAGGUGAAACCAGAUGACUUAGAAUGGGCGUCACAGCAGAGUACAGAGACAGGGUCUUUGGAUGGGAGCUGCCGAGAUAUUUUGAAUUCUUCUAUUACUAGUACCACAAGUACUCUUGUACCAGGAAUGCUUGAGGAAGAAGAGGAUGAAGAUGAUGAUGAUGAUGAAGAUUACCCCCAUGAACCCAUAUCUGUAGAAGUGCAACUCAACAGUAGAAUUGAAUCAUGGGUCUCAGAAACCCAAAGAACUAUGGAAACUCUUCAACUUGGGAAGACCCUUAAUGGAGCAGAGGAAGACAAUACUGAACAAAGUGGAGAAGAGGAAAUAGAGGUUCCAGAGCAAACAGAUCCAGUAACUGACAUUGAGGAAUGGACAACUGAUAAACAAGCAAGCAAUGUCCAAGAGAAACCUAACAGCUGCAAUUCUCUUAAUAAAGAACAUUCUGAUUCUACUACAACAUAAAAAUUCAUAACUCAGGAAAUUAAAAAAUAUAUAUGUGUGUGUGCAUAUAUACACACAUAUAUAUGUAUUUAUGUGUGUGUAUAUAUAUAUUUAUAUAUAUAUAUAUAUAUAUUAUAUAUAAAAUUAACUGUAAGGGUUGCAGCCAUUACCUUUUAUGCUUCAUCUCAACAUUUUGCACUGUUAAAUGUUUAAUAAGUGUAUUUAAUUCCCAACAGAAAUAUUUUUGUAGUUGUCUUUGUUAAUUGUUUCUUUAUGAUCUGUAGCUUAGCUUUAAAUAACAUCAAAAUGUAUUUCUAUGAGCUAUCUAUGAAAAUUUUGACAGAUAAGUUCUAGCUUUUUCUGUGAUAGAAACUAAUGUUAAAAAGACCAGUUUUAAGAGAAAUAAUUUUAAAAUGCCUACUUAGACUCAUAUUUUGAAAAUAGAAGAUACAAGUUUUAAGAUCAACAACAAUUUACUGGCAUUUUCAUCCUGAGUAUCCCACUGUAAUUUUAAUUUCUCUGCCCAUGUUUUUCUAAUGAAAACAGUGGGAGGGAGGAGGAGGGGGAACUUUUCUGGCUGCUAUAAAAAUGGUGGGGUAAUGCAUCGGAAACAAAACAGCCCACCUAAUUGAAAGGAAGAGGAUGACUAGUACCAGAAGUGUUUCGUGCUAAAUUUGAUGAAACUGUUACUUGGCCUUUGAAAGCUUCUUUCAAAGACUAUUAUUGUGUUUAGAAAGAUGUAAAUUGCAAUGAGGAUAAUACCUCUAAAACUUUUAUAGUAGAGGAGGAAACUUAAACCAUGGUGACCAAUGAUAGUCUGUGUUUGUCACAGCUAAUACUAAUUUCCUACAAUUAUGGAAAAGUAAACCAUGAUCACCCUCAUUCUGAUAUUUGUUUUUUACUCACUUUACCUCAGGAAUGCUGUUGUACAUCAUCUAUAUUAUACAGAAUUUGGCAUGUUUUGACAGGUAAAUAUUUAAUAGUUAAGUGUAACUUUUAUAACUGAAGCACUCGAUAUAGAGUAAUCAAAGGUGAGGCUUGGAUUUUGAGAGAAUGAUAUCUUGCAUGUUUCUGGAUCAUGACCCUCUUGACUUGAGUUAAAGCUCUGGUUUGGAACAUAAAAUCUUGUAUAGAAUGAAAUAUUUGCAUGUCAGUUGUACUAGCCUAGUGAUAUAUCUUCUGUAAAAUAAAGAAGGAAGACCAUAGCUACUGAUGUAGAGGAGAGACAAAGCAUUUACAGAACUGCAACAGAUAUCCUGAUGACUUUGCUUUGAAGAGCAAAUAUAGAAGAAGAGAGGAAGUUGUCAAAGUUGUAGUGAAAUUUACCAGAUGAUGAUUCAGAGUAAGCAGUUGUAUGUACUGUAUAUUUACUCCUUGAUCGCUUAAGAAAAAUUUUCAUAUCACUGCCCUUCUUUAGCAAUGUGUGCACAGAAACUACCUGCUUUGAGGAGUUAAACUUACUGAGCUCAAUUCUCCACCUCCAAUCAGACACCUAAAAGACUCUCAUGAAAUAUUCAGGUUUGUGAGGGUAGGAGAAUCAGACCAUCCUAUCUCCACCUCUAACACAAAACCAAAUCAACUUUCUGCUCACCAGCUCUCACUUACCUAGGCAAUAAGAUUGGUUCAAACAUGAAAUAUAGGGAUGGACAGAAAUAGAGUUCUCUCCUUGCCAUUCUACUACUACCUGACAGGUUGUGCCUCGCAAAGCCAGAAGAGGAGAAUUGGGCAGAAUAUUUAACUCAUUGGAACUACUGUAUUAGUUUUGGUAUUUUAACAGUGUUGGCAUUUUAGUUUUUGGACAUUCUAGGGUUAAUGAUUAAUGUUAGCCUUCUUUGAGAUGCUAAUGAGUGUUUGAGACCUACAGAAAAUCUGUGGAUUAUAUAAAAUACUCACAAUUGAGACAUAGAUGUCUAGAAAAUAGUGAUAAUCUUUUAAUAUAGGGGAAGCUAUAUGAAGGGGGAGCACUGUUGUCUUUUUCUUUUGUUCCCCAAUAUAAACUUCCUAGGCACUAAGGAACGGGCAUUUUAAGAAUGCCGUAUGUAAGGAAUGAUGCCUCAUAAAUUGUAAUCAUGGAUAGUUACAAGGCAGAUCUUACUUUCUACAUAUAGAAAUGUUAGCCAGCAUAGGAAAUGAUAGAGGUUUUGAACUACUGACAAUCUCUCUUCCCCUCAAAAAGUGAAUUAAAAGAUUUUAGUACUUUCCAUGAUGUAUAUUUCCUUUGAUUAGUCAGUCAGUGUCAGUGAUUCAGAUAACUCUUGAUCUUGAAAUAAUGACAUUACAAUGGUUUCUUAUAUUUUAUAUAUCUUUUCUGAACUUGAAUUGUCAUUUUAAAGUUUUUUGACUUUGUAUACAGGAAAAGUUCGGGUAAUCCUCAAACCACCAAUUACUUGUAAUUUUGCUAUAGAUUUCAGAAGUAUUCUAUAAUGUGUGCAAUAGUUCCUCUCGCAAUUGUAGUAUCCAUUCUGCCAACACACCCAAGGGACCAUGGCCUUUUUAUAAUAGGAGACAGGUCACCUCUAGAGGCUAAACCAAAAUUUGGCAAAGGAUGUGCUACCAUGCUGAGAGAAUAUGCUUAAGUAUUAAUAAUGUGCUUAGGACUUGUUUCCUUUUGAUAAAUUAUAAUAAUGUUAUAAUUGUAAUAACUACAGUAUGUGGAGAAAGUCUUCUAGUAUCCAAAAAUUAGGAGUUUUUGAGGGAACAUUUGGAGAACAAGAAAGAGAAUUCAUGAUAAUGAAAGUUAAUUCUAUCAGCACUCAAAGGCAUAGCUUUUUCUAAUUUUUGGCUAGGUUAUUUUAUUGGGAUUAAUUAUUUGAAAUUUUAUAUUUCUAUUUCAAUAUAUAGGUAUAUGAUUUACUAUGUGAAUUGUUACACUCCCCAAACAGAUUUUCUUGCUACCGUAGCUUUGUUUGCUGUGAAGAUAACUACUCAUAAAACAAAUGUUUGUAUUAGUUUUAAUUUUUAGUUUAAAUCAUUUGUAAAUCCUGUAAUAUAUUUCUUUUGACUAAUUAUGGGGAAAAUAAUAUGAGGAUAUAGUUGGAAGGACAGUUUUUAAAAUAGCUGACUGGAGGUCAUUUUUACAGAAAAGGUAUUUUAUAUGCCUCCAAUAUUUGGGAAAGAAAUUUAGUCAAAAGUUAAUUAAUGUAGUUCAUUAAUUAAAUAUUCAGAAACUGUUCAUGUCGGAAUAAUGCACUUGAGUGAUUUUCUUAACAUAAGUUGGGGUGGGAUGGGGAGGAGUAGAAAAUGUUAUGUGCAAAUGGGUGAUGAGCUACACGUGGUUGCAUUAAUUUCUUUGACUUUAAAUUUAAUACAAUAUUACUUUAAAUUUAUGUAUACAGAGUAUUACUGUUUGAAAAGCUGCUGUUUGCUUUAAAAACUGUCAUUUUAAGUAUUUACUAUAAGUUGUGCCAACUCAUCAGAAUAUUAGCUUAAUCUUUUAAAUAUGUACUGGGUUUUAAUAAGUUUUCUUUAAAUUGCAGUGAACUUGAGAUUUAUUUAUAAACAAACUCUUCUCUUUCCUUUCCCUCAAUAAGCAGAGUGUGAAGCCAUAAUGAAAAACCAUAAGGUUAUCAACCCAGCCACACACCACAAAUACUACCAAAAUGUCUGUUUAACUUGAAAUUUGAAUCCCAAGUACUGAAAACUUGCUGUUGGCACAUCUAACCUCUAAAGUGUUCAUAUGUUGUGUGUAAUAGUGUUUUCCUUUAUUUUAAAUAUUUCAUAAUUAAAUGCUACAUUUAUCUAUAAUUUAAUAUCUUUAAACUUAUUAUACUCUAGUAUUAAUUUAGCAAAUUUAGUGUGAAUUAGAACAUGAAGGUUUUGUUUAAAAUUUUUUUGUUUUUUUGCUAUAUUAAGAUAACUGUUCUGUUAAUCAUUUUGGAGUAAUAACAGCUUUUUUGCACUAUGUAAAUAUUAGUGGGGACUCUUAAUAACCAAUAAAAUGAUUGUAGAGAUUUUGUCUUUUAUUAUAGUACACAUAGGUGUAGUUAUUCCUCAACAUCAUGAGUAUGGAAUAAAUCUGGGGAAAUUUUGGCUGUA